AGUCAGUGUGUGGAGAAGACAGAUUGCGAGUGAAGCUGAGGUCUGAUCAGGCUGAUUUGUCUUUGCAACAUGGAUGGAAAUAACGAAAUGAACAGGAGAUUUUCACUGGAUAGUUUGGGCUAUUCUCCGUAUUGUGGCGGAUACCUGGGGAAGUCCAAAGAGUGCAGAAUGAGGAGGAGUUCUGAGAGCAUGAAGGGUCGUGCCCUGGAUGAUCCGCAUUUUGACCCCCUGAACAAAAACCUCCUGAAAAGCAGCUCCAUACGAACCACCAGCACAAUAGAAGAGGAGAGGGCUGAACAAGCAGAUGGACCUCCUAAUCGCAGCAUUAUUAAGAAUCACAGCAAAACAUUCCACAAACAUUUCCCAUACAUCUCUGAGAUGGAGGAGUUGAUUGAUGCUUUUACAUGUGCUCUCCAAAAAGAGGUUUUCUACCAUGGCAAGAUGUACGUAUCCAACCAGCGUGUGUGUUUCUACUCCUCCGUUCUACUGAAGGAGACCAAGGUUCAGAUACAUAAGUCCACAAUCCAGAUUAUAAAGAAGAAGAACACAGCACGGGUUUUACCCAAUGCAAUCUCCAUUAUCACUGCCACUGGAGACAAAUAUGUGUUUGGGUCAUUACGGAAUCGAGAUGCUUGUUUCAAGAUCCUGAAGUCUAUAUGUCCACAGCUACAGGAUGUAAGUGCCAGUGGAAGCCCUCAAAUGUCUUCUGCAGAAAAUGGGCACGAACUGGAGAAUGACACAAUCUCCAGUCACUCCAGUCAGGAAGACCCUACAGACCGUCACAGGUUCUCUUCCUCAGAGCGGGACAGGAAUUCAGAAAGCAAUAAUUCUCUAUCCAAAAUUUCCCACGCUGAAGCAAAAAACAACUCCACGUCAUGGAACGGCAUGAACGGAGAUGGUCAUUCCUUACAGGAUAACACAGCUGUCUCCUGGGUGACCAUGGUAACGGAGAAGAUCAGAUCCCUCCUUUCACUGGGAGGCAGAGUCAACGUCAACAAACUUGUCACUAUCUAUCUCAUAUUAGCUCUGCUUCUGCUCCUGUCAUCGGGUUACAUUGGUCUGCGUAUUGCAGCUUUGGAAGAGCAGUUGAACACACUUGGAGCAAGGACCGAGUUUGGUCUACAGAGAUCGUAUAAGGAAACAUAACACAUUGCCGGCAGGAAGAGCCUGAAAUAUCCUAGAGAAGUCAAAACGAAGAAUCUCAACUUAAGUCAUCACUGGCACAAUGAACUGAUCGGUAAUCAAUCUGAAAACAGCAGACUACAUUCCCAGCAGUUUUGCUCAGACCAGACUCAGGCUUCAGCCGUGAUGUGUUGAUGUACCCAUAUAAAGAAAUAACUCUUUCAUGCAUGACAUCUCUCCUCAGGAGCUACAGGUGAAAUAAAAUUGGACUGGAAGUGGAUUUGUUUUUUUAGGUCGGUAUGAGGGAAUAAUAUAAUAAUAUGAAAUAUGGCUCUACGCCACUUGGUGGCAGAGUCUUUAGAACAGUACUGUACUUUAAUGGAACACAAAUCAUCAUUCAGAUAAUAGGUUGCCUGGGUUAUGCUUUUCCCUUAUGGCAAACAGGACUACAUUUGGAACAAGGAUGCAGAUAAAAAGCAUGUCUAAAAAUCCAUUGUUUUAAAGUAAAUAAUCUGAAUUAAUUCCAAACAACCUCAAACAUAUGCUAUGACAAACAAAUUAAAAAUACUAGUGCAGAUAGUCGACCUUUUCAUUUUUGUUUUAAUGUGGAUAUGGUCUAUAUUAAACAAUAAUAAAAGAGAUGAAUUGAUAAGUUAGAAACAGUAUCUGUAUCAGUGGUUUCUGAAAUGAAUGUAGUUGGGA